CUGAUAGCAACAGUCUUUUUGUCACUCACUCACACAUCACCAGACUGAGAUACCUCUCUCUCUCUUGCUAAGAUGAAUGCUAUAAUGGACGCCAUGCAGGGUUUUGGGGUGAGCACCACCCACUACCUGCAGACCAACUAUCAGGAUGCCCAAGGCUUGUUUCUCUGGGUCUCCUGGGCGGCAGACCUCAGGAACACCUUCUUCAUCUUCUUCCCACUUUGGUUUCACCUGCGGUCUUCAGUGGGCAUUAAGCUCAUCUGGGUGGCAGUGAUCGGAGACUGGCUGAACUUGGUGUUCAAAUGGAUUCUGUUUGGGGAGAGGCCUUACUGGUGGGUCCAUGAGGCAGCUCAUUAUGCAAACACUGUUCCUCCUCACAUUGAGCAAUACCCCAUGACCUGUGAGACUGGGCCAGGCAGUCCCUCUGGCCAUGCUAUGGGAGCCGCCGGUGUCUACUACACCCUGGUGACCUCCAUCCUCGCCAUCAUGACCAGCAAGAAGAAAUAUGGAAGCAAGAAAUCCACCAACAAGGACUGGUAUCUGAAGGCUGGCUUGUGGACGCUGUUUUGGGGAGUCCAGGUGUGUGUCUGUCUCUCCAGGGUCUUCAUCGCCGCCCACUUCCCCCACCAGGUCAUUGCUGGUGUUAUCACAGGUAUGAUUGUGGCUGAAGCCUUCAACAAAACUCAGUGGAUCUACAACGCCAGCAUGAAGAAAUACUUCUACACGACCCUCUUCUUGACCUCCUUCGCUGUUGGCUUCUACCUCCUGCUCAAAGCUCUGGGCGUGGACCUGCUGUGGACCCUGGAGAAAGCCCAGAAGUGGUGCGUGAAGCCCGAGUGGGUCCACCUGGACAGCACGCCCUUCGCCAGCCUCCUGCGUAACAUGGGUACCCUGUUCGGCCUGGGCCUGGGUCUGCACUCGCCCCUUUACACGGAGACCAAGAAGAGCAGCAGCACGUUGGUGAAAGCAGGGUGCGUCAUUAGCUCCCUGGUCCUGCUGCACCUGUUUGACUCCUUCAAGCCUCCCACGCACACGGCAGCUCUCUUCUACCUGCUGUCCUUCUGCAAGAGCGCCACAGUGCCUCUGGUCACUGUCAGUAUCAUCCCGUACUGCGUGAACGGAGCUCUGAGCCUGCAGAACAAAAAGGGAGUGUGAGCAGUGAGCCCAGAUUAUACAGACUCGUGAAAUGGAAGUGCAGAGUCUCUUCCAGAUCAUAAAAAAAAAAACUUUCUUCUGGUGCUUAUUGCAUUCGUAUGUCCACCUGAUCCUCAGGAAAAGCCUAUGAGAACAGCAGGAAAUUGUCAGGGGUGUCAUUUGGACACUGAACUCUGUGAGCACUGAGUGACACUGUGUGAAAACACUAUCCAGGAAAGUGCUCAGGGGCACUUACGAAGACCAGUUUUGAAUUCAGGAAAAUAUGAUAAUUACAUUUGUUUUAGAGUCCCGGAAAAGGACAAACAAACACACAAGUCUACCGUAGCAAGUGACUAUUUGCUUGCAGUUGUUGUGUUUAACCUCACUUUAAAGACAAUAGCAGCCACUCACAGCUUUGAUAUGUUGUUUCAUCUGUAAUAGUAAUGUAUUUUAAAUGUUAGAGAAAGUAUUUUUCAAACUGUUUUGAAUAUUUUUAAUAAAAAAAAUCUUGAAAAUGUGUUAAA